AUGGCUGCAUCUGAAUUCACUCAACUGGAGCUUCGAUCCGCCUACGGACUCGUGUACCGCAAGGUCUCUACGGCUCCUCCCAGAGAUUGCCGUCCAGAUGAGAUCCCAGUGAUCGAUAUCGGCACCAUUUACGACGGCCCAGCGGCACGCGCCGAGCUUGCCAAACAUAUCAGGGCAGCAGCUGAAGGUACAGGAUUCUUUUAUAUCAAGAAUCAUGGAAUUGAUGAAGAUAUAAUCAACAACGCGAGAAGGGCGGCGAUGAACUUCUUCAAACAGCCCCAUGAGGAAAAACUUAAGGUCGCCAAGUUCAAAUCCAAACACUACAAUGGAUACUCAUUCCCCGGCCUAAGUCAUGUCUCUCCAUCCGAAUCCAAAGACAACAAGCAAGGCUUCAUGUGGCAAUAUGACCCCAAAUACGACCCAGACAAGAAGGACCUUUCUACAAUUCCAGACGACGUAAAAGCAUGGCUCCGCGGUGAGGAUAUGGUUUGGGAGGGCACAGCGCACAUCCCCGAUUUUCAGAAAGAUACUCUCAUCUACUGGCGCUGCUGCUUAACACUGGCCCGGACUCUGGCCAAAGUGUUUGCUGUAUGUCUGGACUUGCCAGAGGACUACUUUGACCCACUGACCACCUACCCUGGAGCCGAUGGCGUCUACAACUUCUACUCGGCCUUGGCUUCAGAAGAGAUGGCCAAAGCAAGUAUUUACGACGUUGGUCUCGGUUCACAUACUGACCUUCAGUGUUUUACAUUGCUUUGGCAGGAUGAAGUCGGCGGGCUCCAGGUCCUCAGCGACACACAGUGGAUCAAGGCCGUUCCCAUUCCCGGUACUUUCGUCGUAAACAUUGGCGAUUUUCUGAUGCGCAUGUCCAACGACAAAUUCAAAUCGACAGUCCACCGAGUCUACAAUCGUUCGACAGUAGACAGACUUAGUAUGCCUUUCUUCUUCGGAUUCAAUUUUAAUGAGACAUGUUCUGUCUUGCACACAUGUACCGACGAGAACAAUCCACCCAAAUAUGAACCGAUUUCAUGUGGCGAGAUGGUGCUAAGAGCCUACAACAGUGGUGUCGACGCCGUUUCCAGGCCGGUGCAGUGA